AUGGAAAAUCCAAAACAAGAGGAAAACCUUGUCUCUCUUUAUACUUCAUCAUCAGAAAACCUUCAUUUAACAGAAGAAAUGAACCAAAUUACACAGAAUAAUGAAACUCAUAUAGUUUUGGAGAGGUCAGUGGAGGAAGUAGAGAAAAUAAUAGCAUACAAAUUCAAGAACCCUAAUUUGUUAGAACGAGCUUUUACUCAUUCUUCCUUUGAAGAAAACUGUGCUUCGUAUGAGAGAUUGGAGUUUAUGGGUGAUGCUGCUCUUAAUCUGUUGAUAGCAACGGAGCAUUUUUUGAAUUACCCUGAUUUACCUCCUGGGAAACUCACAAGGUUGAGAGCUACCAAUGUAGAUACAGAGAAACUUGCUAGAGUUGCCAUCAAAUAUAAUUUGCAUGAUUAUUUACGUCACAAUAAACCUUUACUUAAAGGACAAGUGGAAGAAUUCAGAGAUGCAAUAAUGGAGUACCCAUUGCAUUCAACAGGUCUCGUUGAUGCCCCUAAAGUUCUUGCAGAUAUAGUUGAAUCUUUGAUUGGUGCCAUCUAUAUUGAUGGCAAUUUCUCCAUGAAUAUAAUUUGGCAGGUGGUAAAAAAUUUGUUGCAGCCUCUAAUUACUCCAGAAAAACUCGAAAUUCAUCCAGUUACAAAAAUUAUCGAGUUAUGCCAAAAGAAUGGAUUGAAAGUAAAAUUUGUUGAUUCAUGGGAGGAAACAGGAGAGGUUGAAGUUCAUGUUGAUGGCAAACUUGUUGGAAAGGGGAAGUUUAAUGGAAAGAAAUUAGUUGCAAUAAAUAGGGCUGCACACAAUGGUUAUCUUCAAGUUGUCAAAAAUUUGAGUGUGAAAAAAACUACUCAUGAUUACCCUUGUGAUGAAAACCUUGUCUCUCUUUAUACUUCAUCAUCAGAAAUGAACCAAAUUACACUAAAUGAUGAAACUCAUAUUGUUCCAGAGAGGUCAGUGGAGGAAGUAGAGAAAAUAAUAGCAUACAAAUUCAAGAACCCUAAUUUGUUACAACAAGCUUUUACUCAUUCUUCCUUUGAAGAAAACUGUGCAUCAUAUGAGAGAUUGGAGUAUGUAGGUGAUGCUGUUCUCAAUCUACUGAUAGCAACGGCGCAUUAUUUGGAUUACCCUGAUUUACCUCCUGGGAAACUCACAAGGUUGAGAGCUGCCAAUGUGGAUACUGAGAAACUUGCUAGAGUUGCAAUUAAAUAUAAUUUGCAUGAUUAUUUACGUCACAAAAAGCCUUUACUUAAAGGACAAGUGGAAGGAUUCAGAAAUGCAAUAAUGGAGUACCCAUUGCAUUCAACAGGUCUCAUUGAUCCCCCUAAAGUUCUUGCAGAUAUAGUUGAAUCUUUGAUUGGUGCAAUCUAUAUUGAUUGCAAUUUCUCCAUGGAUACAACUUGGAAGGUGGUAAAAAAUUUCUUGCGGCCUCUAAUUACUCUAGAAAAACUCGAGAUUCAUCCCGUUACGAAAAUUAACGAGUUAUGCCAAAAGAAUGGAUUGAAAGUUGAAUUUGUUGAUUCAUGGGGGGAAACAGGAGAGGUUGAAGUUCAUGUUAAUGGCAAAAUUGUUGGAAAGGGGAAGUUUAGUGGAAAGAAAAUAAUUGCACAAAAUAGGGCUGCACACAAUGCUUAUUACCAAGUUGUUACAAAUUUGAGUAAGGAAAAAACUACUGAUGAUUACCCUUGUGAUGAAACACAAAGCUGA